AUGGACUCGGCGGCGGCGCUGAAGCCCUCGGCGCUGGACCUGCUGGCGGCGCUGUUGACGGGGCGGGACCCCGAGGGCGGGGCGCACUGGGCGUCCUCGCUCGCCGAGAACCGCCCCCUCCUGCUGCUGCUCACCACCUCGCUCGCCGUGCUCGUCGGCUGCGGCGUCGCCCUGCUCGUCCGCCGCUCCUCCGCGCCCCGCGCGGCCGCGGCCGCGGCCGCAGCACAGGCGCCGCCGCGCUCGCUCGCCGCGAAGCCCAAGGACGAGCCGGACCCCGACGACGGCAGGCAGAAGGUCACCGUCUUCUUCGGCACGCAGACCGGCACCGCCGAGGGCUUCGCCAAGGCACUCGCCGAAGAGGCCAAGGCGAGGUACGACAAUGCCGUCUUCAAGGUGGUCGAUCUGGAAGAUUACGCCGCUGAGGAUGAGGAAUACGAGGAGAAGCUCAAGAAGGAGAGUAUCACAUUGUUCUUCCUGGCAACCUAUGGUGAUGGAGAGCCAACUGACAAUGCGGCGGGUUUUAUAAAUGGUUCUCAGAGGUUAGAAUACAAAUGUACUUUUUUGGAUGCACUUGUGCAUGAGUCUUUGGGGAAUGAGAAAGGCGAGUGGUUGAAUAAUCUUCGGUUUGGGGUGUUUGGCCUCGGAAAUAGACAGUACGAGCACUUUAACAAGGUUGCAAAGGUGGUUGAUCAACUCCUCGCGGAACAAGGUGGCAAACGUAUCGUUCCUGUUGGUCUUGGAGAUGAUGAUCAAUGCAUUGAGGAUGACAUUAACACAUGGAAAGAACUUCUGUGGCCAGAAUUGGAUAAGUUACUCCGUCAGGAAGAUGAUUCUUCAAGUGCACCAACUUCUUACACAGCUGCUAUUCCAGAAUAUAGAGUUGUGUUUGUCAAAGCAGAGGAUGCCAUGCACAUUAACAAGUCUUUUACUCUCACUAAUGGCCAUGCUGUCUAUGACAUUCAACAUCCUUGCAGAGCAAAUGUGGCUGUGAGGCGAGAGCUUCAUACACCAGCUUCUGACCGAUCCUGCAUUCAUUUAGAGUUUGAUAUUACUGGAACUGGCCUAAAAUAUGAGACAGGAGAUCAUGUUGGUGUCUAUGCUGAAAACUGCAUCGAAACUGUCGAAGAGGCAGAAAAGCUGCUAGGUUAUUCACCAGAUACUUUAUUUUCUAUUUAUGCUGACCAAGAGGAUGGUACCCCACUUUGUGGGGGUUCUUUGCCACCUCCUUUCCUGUCCCCUUGCACAGUGAGGACUGCGCUUACCAGAUAUGCAGAUCUGUUGAAUUCGCCUAAGAAGAGUGCUUUGUUGGCGCUGGCGGCUCAUGCAUCUGAUUCCAAAGAGGCUGAGCGGCUUAGACAUCUCGCAUCUCCUGCUGGAAAGAAGGCGUAUUCACAAUGGAUAGUCACAAGCCAAAGAAGUCUCUUGGAAGUUAUGUCAGAGUUCCCAUCAGCAAAGCCCCCACUCGGUGUUUUCUUUGCAGCUAUUUGUCCUCGCCUGCAGCUGAGAUACUACUCAAUAUCUUCCUCACCGAGAAUAGCACCAACAAGGAUUCAUGUGACAUGUGCACUAGUAUAUGGGCCAACCCCUACUGGAAGAAUUCACAAAGGAGUUUGUUCUACUUGGAUGAAGCAUUCCACUCCCUUGGAAGAGAGCCAAGAAUGUAGCUGGGCUCCAAUUUUUGUUAGGCAAUCAAACUUCAAACUGCCUGCUGAUCCUACUGUGCCCAUUAUAAUGAUUGGCCCUGGGACUGGUCUGGCACCUUUCAGGGGCUUCUUACAGGAACGACUAGGUUUAAAAGAGGCAGGGGUAGAACUAGGCCAUGCUAUCCUCUUCUUUGGGUGCAGAAAUCGGAAGAUGGACUUCAUAUAUGAGGAUGAGCUUAAUAAUUUUGUUGAUAGUGGUGUCCUUUCUGAGUUGAUUGUAGCCUUUUCUCGUGAGGGUCCUACAAAAGAGUAUGUUCAGCACAAAAUGGCACAGAAGGCUUCCGAGCUUUGGAGCAUCAUUUCUCAGGGAGGUUAUAUUUAUGUUUGUGGUGAUGCAAAAGGCAUGGCCAGAGAUGUCCAUCGCACACUACAUACCAUCGUCCAGGAGCAGGGGUCUAUGGACAACUCGAAGACAGAAAGCUACGUGAAGAGCAUGCAGAUGGAAGGGAGAUACUUGAGAGAUGUUUGGUGA